AUAGCCAAGAGGAAGAUGUUUGACGCGUAUGAGCUUCGACGACUUGCACGUCGUUUCAAGAAACUAGAUAUUGAUGGGUCCGGUUCCCUAUCAGUAGAGGAAUUUAUGUCGCUACCAGAACUGCAGCAGAAUCCUCUUGUUCAAAGAGUGAUCGAUAUAUUCGAUGAAGACGGGAAUGGAGAGGUUGAUUUUCGGGAAUUUAUACAAGGUAUUUCGCAGUUCAGCGUGAAAGGGGACAAAAACGUCAAGCUUAAAUUUGCAUUUCGCAUUUACGAUAUUGAUCGGGAUGGUUAUAUAUCUAAUGGUGAAUUGUUUCAGGUCCUGAAAAUGAUGGUUGGAAAUAAUCUCAAGGAUUCCCAAUUACAACAAAUCGUCGAUAAAACUAUUCUUUUUCAUGAUAAGGAUGGCGAUGGGAGAAUAUCGUUUCAGGAGUUUUGUGAUGUACGUUUUGUCUUUUUUCAUGUCUAUCUGUUAGUGCAGUUAUUGAUAUACAUAUGA